CGUCAGAAUUGUGAUUGUUCACUGAAUUUCCAGAUUUCACAAUAUUCAGUAACUCAGUGUAGCUCUGGUUUGGCUUUUACUCAAAAUGUGUGCUUCAAUAAAUAUUACCGAUUUGCCGUUGAAUGUUUUGGAUUCGAUAUAUGAAAAAUUAUCAAUAAAAGACAAAAUCAAUUUGGCUGAUUCCGACAAAUAUCUCGAGCAAGUAUUCCUUUACCACGGAAAAAAGAAAUUCUCACGCGUAUCUGAUAAAGUCACCGAUGUGGGAUUAUAUUUGUUUCGGUUAUUGCCAAUGUUCGGUUCUACUAUUAAUGAAGUAACGCUUUAUGAACCAACACUCGGAUUAAUGUCUCUUGUGGGUCAAAAUUGUUCCAAUCUAAAUUCUUUUCAAAUUGCCUUGGAAAAUGAAAUAAGUGUUAAGUGGUUCAAUGACGUUCUAAAAAAUUUAAAAAAUCUUAAAUCAAUAAACAUGUAUUUAGACAGCGAUCCGUGUGAUAUGUUAGAAGACCUUAAAAGUCUGAAACAUCUACAAAAAUUAAAAAUAUGUUACGGAAAAAGCAUAGAAAAAUCUGAAAUACAUAAACUUGAGAAUUUAAAAGAGCUGACUAUUGAACCUGUUAAUCGUAUUACCAUAGAAACGAACGAAUUGUCCAACAAUCUACAAUUUUUAAAGUGCAAAAAUUUAAACAUUUUUUCAACCGUGCUUACUAACAAAUCGGUAUUUACAUUUUUGGAGCGCCUAGAAAUUGAUUUCUGUGACAUACGGCCUGGAUUUCCGGAUUGUCCUAACCUUAAAUUUUUACGUUUAUAUAAAACACACAUUACCGAAGACGGAAUUUUAAAAUGGAUGAAGGACCAGAUGCAACUAUGGAGAAGUUAUUUUAAAAGUGAAACUCUAUUGCGUCAGCAAUCCAUACAUAAAAUUCUUCCCAUUCCCGGAUCGGUUGUGGAGCAAUUCCGGGUCGAGGAGAUAUUUUUCCCAUUUCCCAAUUGUCCGCAUUUAAAAAUAUUGUGUUUGGACUAUAAUUUACUUACAGAGCAUUACGAUUGGGUUACAGAGAACGCGAAAUCGGUUGAGGAACUGAGACUUCAUUUUGGAACACGUGAAAUUACCGAUUUGGAAUUGCCCUUUUUUGAAAAUAUCCGUGAAAUAAGCAUUACGUCGGGUCCUUUGAGUCUCGUUUCGGACAGUGUUUACGAUUGGAUUUCCGAUCAUGCGUCGACUUUGACGACCCUGAGGCUUAAUGGAUUGCAGGAGGAUCAUUUUUCACUUUUUAUGCUCAGGCAUUGCAAAAAACUUCGUUCAUUGUCCUUGGGUAAUGGUAUUCAUACGUAUGUGCCCGAAUUCUGGAUGGCCUUUUUCGAUAUUCUGCACGAUAAUGGUAUGAGUUCCAAGGAUCCGUUGAGAUUGACCAUCAUAGACUGCCAGGAUGUGCACAAAAUGCGUCUACUAUCUAGAUUGCGAAAUUUUGACUGUGUGGAUAUGGUAUUCGUUUGAAUCUUUUAAUAGUAACUUGGACAUUCAAAUAAUGUGAUUCAUGUCGUAAAUUCAAUCUUGGUUAAAUUAAUAAAUUUAUAUCUCCGCUGCUCCAAAAAGUAAAGUGUAGAAUUCCCGUUGAA